CGAGCAGUUUUAAUUUUUUUGAUUUUCAUACAUCAUCUGAUCCAGUUUUUUACGCUGAAUCCGAAUAUGUAUAGUACAUGUUUUUCUACGUAUUCUUUUCGCACAUUAAACCACGUAAUCAUGUAACGCAGCUAUAGUACAGUCUAUUUUGAAUUUCUAAAAUGUUCUGCAGCGAAUUGGAGUAAGUUUCCAAAGAUUCUCUAUUUCAAAUAUUAAAGAAAUGAAACGAUUAUACCACACUAAAGGCUAUGUUGGUUAAUUUGAUAAUGAUGCUGGACGAAUAUAAGUAGAAAAUAAGAAGAUAAAGAAGUUUUUGAUGAGUUACUUAUCCAAAUGAAACACAUUUCGAAGUCCCAAAACGGUUUUCAUAACACUUGGCUGACGAACAACAUCUUUAGUUUAGCUUAAAUGCAUGUAAGUAAUUACUAAUAUGUGAUUUUGAAUGUAAUUAUUUAAACUAAUUCGUACUUUCAUAUUUAGUUGAAAAACUCUACUUGAAAAGAAGUUCCGUUGAGAGGUCUAUCGAAUUAAUUUUAUGUCAGUAUAACUGUUCAACUAUUUCAUCUCAAAUAGGUAUUUCUCAUUGACAAACUGACACUUGGUUUUGAAUUUUUGUUGAAUUUAUCUGUGUGCGCGUUAAAAAUUAUCCGAGCAACAUCAACCGCAUUCUGUUUUUCAUUCUUUUUUUAACAACAAUCAAUAUGAUAAAACUAGAAAAAGAUAAAAAAUCUACUCUAGAAUUACUGCGAAGAAAUGCCGAAUAUCUCGUACAAUCGGGAAAAGGAAUUUUAGCUGCUGAUGAAAGUCCCAAUUCCGUUGCGAAAUGGUUUGAUUCGAUUAAUGUUGAAAAUACAGCUGAAAAUCGUCGAAUUUAUCGUCAACUGUUAUUUACUUCUCCUGAUAUUGAAAAAUACAUAUCCGGUGCCAUUAUGCACGAAGAAACAUUUGAUCAAGGUUCUGAUAGUUCAGAACAAUUUCCCGAUUUAUUAAUAUCAGCGGGUAUCUUACCGGGAAUCAAAUUAGAUAAAGGUCUAGAAUCAAUAACAUCAAAAACUAAUGAAACAACAACACUAGGCUUCGAUGAUUUAGAAAAACGUUGUGAAUACUUUUAUAGUAGAGGAGCAAAAUUUGCAAAAUGGAGAUGCGUUUUAUGCAUGGAAACAAAUAAACCCACAGAAUUGGCUAUUUGGAAUAAUGCAAUUGUAUUAGCACGCUUUGCGACUAUUUGUCAAUCCAAAGGCUUAGUCCCAAUCGUAGAGCCUGAGGUACUGUCAGACGGAAAACAUACACUGGAACGAUGUCAACAAGUGACUGAAACUGUUUUAGCAGCAACCUUCAAAGCAUUGUCAGAUUACGAUGUUUAUUUAGAAGGUUGUUUACUGAAACCGAAUAUGGUUACUUUUGGACAAAUUAGUAAAAAACAAGGAGAAGUAGAUGUUGGUAAGAAGUUAAGAAAUUUACUAAAACAUUCUAAUAUAAAUCGAACUGUUCCACCUGCUCUACCUGGAAUUGUAUUUUUGGAUGGUGGACAAUCAGAAGACAAUGCAACAUUACAUUUGAACGAAAUGAACAAAUCAAAAUAUGCACAUAAACGACCGUGGAAAUUAACAUUUUCUUAUGGACGUGCUUUACAAGUUUCUGCGUUGAAUGCAUGGGGAGGCAAUCGAGAUAAUGAAACAUCAGCCCAACAAACUUUUCUACGUCGAGCAGCAGCAAAUGCGAAAGCGUCUACGGGCGAGUAUGAAGAAUCGACUGGUAGAUGA